GUCCGUUCUUGAAAGUCUCAUAAUACCGCUAUUUGUACGGUACAUGAACGCAGCAGUUCCUGGAGCUAACGUUAGCUCUUCCUGCAGUGCUAUGAGUUGAGCAAAACUGAAGUGCUGGGAAUGCAGCCACCGCUCCCACCUGAGGCUGUCAGAGAGCUGGUGCGCUCUUGUCUGCACAGAGACCCUGUUGCAGCAGACCUCCGCUGCAGCCUGUUUGUUGCCGCCGCACAGAACUACAAGAGGGACUCUUUGCUCAGACCGUUUCCCCCAAGAUACAUAAGUGGGGACAAUAAGGACUUUGAGGAGCUGUUGGCAGAUGUGCACUCUUUGCCUGGUGUGAGAGAGUUGGUGAGACUACGACCCAGAGAGGGAGAUCAUCAUCUGGCUCUCACACACUGGAUUCUCUCUUCAAAGAGCUUCGCUGUAAAGACCCUACAGAAGGAUGAGUAUGCCAAACUUUGUGACCUGACGGAAAAUGAAGGGAUUUCUGCGCCUGUGCCAGACUUCCUGUUUGAGCUGGAGUACUGUGAUCAGAUGAACGCCAGGUUUGAGAAGAUGAGGGAAGGCAGAGACAUCUUCUAUGCAUUCCACGGAAGCCGCCUGGAAAACUUUCACUCCAUCAUUCACAAUGGGCUGCACUGUCACCUCAACAAGAACUCAGUGUUUGGAGAGGGGACCUACCUCACCAGUGACCUCAGCAUGGCUGUUCUCUACAGUCCUCACAGCAGCGGCUGGCGAGAAAGUCUCCUGGGUCCACUGCUCAGCUGUGUUGCCUUGUGUGAAGUCAUUGAUCACCCAGAUGUUAAGUGCCAAGUGAAGAAAAAAGAUUCUGAAAUCAUUGACCGUCAGCGAUCGAGAGCAAAGAACAGUGAAGGAGGGGACGUACCGCAGAAGUACUUUGUAGUCACCAACAAUCAGCUUCUGCGAGUCAAGUACCUGCUUGUUUAUUCUCAGAGGAGGCACAUGUCCAGACGUUCCCGUGGCACUUCCUGGCUCCUCAGACACCAUUUUGUCAUCAUGAUGAGUCUUUACCUUCUGCUGCUCAUAUUCAUCGGUGCCUUUAACUCCACCACCUUCGUAUCCUUUUGGAACAGACUGUUCAGGUGACAAGACAACAGGAUAGACGGUCGGCGAGUGCCUUCCUGAUCAGAGACUGACUGGAGGUCUGAGCAAAAAGAUUACGUUUUAUGCACCUUUAUACUGUUUUCUCUCUACAAUCAUUCUAAAUUGUACAAAUAACCGUAAUUACUGUUUUUCCAAGAUAACGUAUCUUUUCAAAUAGCAACUAUUGGGAUCAUAUUGCGUUUUUAUUUAGUUGAAAUGGGAAUUGAGACCGUUCUGCAUUUUGAAAAUGUUGUGCAAUGUUUCAUCUAUAAUUUAUUAUUUUGAUGAUCUGUUUCUGUGUGGUUUUUAAUCCUCUAAGGACCCAGUCCUACUAACCAAAAGAUUAAAAGAAAAAAACAUUUGUUUUUAAUAACUGCACAGCAAAGAGUUAAGAUUUCUUUUUUUGGUUCGUUAGGUCUUAAGUAGGCCUACUGAGAAUUAUUAGUAGCGCAUUAACUGAUUGCAUUGCCUCAUUAGUGUCAGUGAUGCCUGAUUAGCAGUCUGAUGAUCAGGCACGGAUGACCAUUUCUAAAUUUAAACUUUUACUUUUUAAUGCUAUGAUUUUGCAUCACUCAGAUUUGGGUCGGGACCUUUUUUAAAACUCAUGAUUUAAAUCAAGGAAAAUGAAAAUAUGAGGUAUCCCUUGUUUUUGUGCUGACAUGCAGUAUUUAUAAUGAUGGAUCACAGAAAGGCCAUUGACAACCUCAUUUAUAAUAAUUUUGGAUAUGCUUUUAUAUCCUUAAAUGAGUAAAGGAAGUAAACUGUAUAUCCGCUUAAAGGCAACAUGUUCUGGAAAUUUGUUACAAUUUUUAACACUAAUAAAAUUAUACUUUUGAUUUAAGUUUCAA